GCACAUUGCACAGAGCACACCCCCGAACUAAUUAAGCGUGUUUAGAUCUUCGGGAAAUCAUUACCACCGCGAUGACUAGUCCACCGCAACACCUUUCCGCGUAGCACCUGUCCGAUCACCGAUCACCUCAUUUCACACACCAAUUCUCAUUCCCUAUAAACACUCACUCUCUUCGCACGCCCACUCCCGCUCUGUGAUCACAACAAUACUCACAACUUCAAAACGGAAAGCCGCGAUUCGCGCCCCGAAUUCCGUUGCCCCAGCGGAAAUAUAGGAAACCCCCUUUCGAAUUUGUUGAAAUUCAGUUUUUCCUCGCGCGAGAGGUUUAUGAGGGAUGACGAAAACUGCGGCGGUGGAUGGCGGCGAUCCGGCGGCGGAGUUGAAGAAAGAACUGCAGAAGGUGGUGAAGGUGAUAGUCAGUGAGGAUGGCAUCAAUGUGGGGGCCAUUGAUAGAGCACAACAAGCGCUGCGCUCGUUGUGGGACCUGAACACGAAGCAGCAACGAUCAUCGUUCUCUGUACCGGAUGAAUUUCGGUGCCCGCUUUCUAAAGAACUCAUGAAGGAUCCUGUUAUUGUUGCCAAUGGUCAGACAUAUGAUAGAUCAUUCAUUCAGAAGUGGUUAAAAUCUGGGAACAGAACAUGCCCUCGAACCCAACAAGUGCUCUCACAUACUAUUCUUACACCUAAUCAGCUGAUUCGGGAUAUGAUAUCUCAGUGGUGCAAGAUGAAUGGGAUCCAGUUGCCGGACCCCGUGGACAACUUAGAUGAGGAGGGACUUACUGAAGCUGAUCGCAACCAUUUUCUUUCUUUGCUUGAGAAAAUGUCUUCGACAUUGUCUGAGCAAAGAGAUGCUGCUAGAGAAUUGCGCAUGUUGACUAAAAGUGUGCCUUCUUUCAGGGCAUUAUUUGGGGAAUCUGAGAAUUCAAUAGCCCAGCUGAUGUACCCCCUGUCUAAAUGCAAGUCUGAAAGCGAAGUACAACCUCAACUGCAAGAAGAUAUAAUCACUGCUGUUUUGAAUCUCUCCAUCCAUGAUAACAACAAGAAGCUUGUUGCAGAAACCCCAAUGGUUAUUCCUCUUCUUAUGGAUGCAUUAAGAUCUGGGACAGUUGGAACAAGGGGCAACGCAGCUGCUGCCCUUUUCACACUGUCAGCCCUGGAUUCCAAUAAAUCACUUAUUGGGAAAUCAGGUGCCCUGAAACCACUUAUUACCCUCUUAGAAGAAGGACAUCCUUUGGCAAUGAAAGAUGCUGCUUCGGCUAUUUUUAAUCUAUGCUUUCUUCAUGAAAAUAAGGUUAGAGCAGUUAGAGAUGGUGCAGUGAGUGUUAUCCUCGAAAAGAUUGCAAAUAAAGUGCAUGUUGAUGAAUUGCUUGCCAUCCUUGCUAUGCUCUCUAGUAACCAGAAAGCAGUUGAGGAAAUGGGAGAGCUUGGGGCCGUUCCAUGCUUGCUUAGUUUAAUCAGGGAGACCUCAUGUGAUCGCAAUAAGGAGAACUGCAUAGCUGUCCUGUACACAAUAUGUUUUAGUGACCGGACGAAGUGCAAGGAGAUUAGGGAAGAGGAUAUUAAAUACAGAACAAUCUCUCAACUUGCUCGAACUGGUACUUCAAGAGCCAAGAGGAAGGCAAGCAGCAUUCUUGACAGACUGAAUAGAGCUUUCAACAUCACUCAUUCUGCAUGAUUAACACUUGGAGCGCAAUAUCUGUAAAUUUCUACACUUUUAUAGCCUUUGCACCAUUACUAUAUUGAGGCAUGGUAUGUUCAUACACAACUGUUGUUUUGUAUAUUAGAGUUAAUACCAAGUUAUAGUUGCCAUGAAUAAUUGAUCUGGGUAUUAUAUCAAUAAUAUCCUAUCUUUCUUUAGUGGGACUCUUCAUUUCUA